UGUCCCGCAGGCGCUGCCCCGAGGGAUGGCCGCCGACGUGCACAAGAAGAAAGGCUGGGAAGUGCCCAACGGGUCGCUGGCGCCGGGAGAUGGGCAGCACGCCGAGCGGGCCGAGAGCCCCACGCCGGGGCUGGCGCAGGGCACCGAGCCGGGCGCGGGCCAGGAGGGCGCCAUGUUCGUGCACACGCGCUCCUACGAGGACCUGACGAGCCCCGAGGAGGGUGGCGCGGCGGCGCGGAGCCCGCCCGAGGGGCCCGGCGAGCCGCCGGCGCCGCCGCAGCCCAGCAGCAUGGAGCAGAUCAGCAAGGACUUCAGCGAGCUGAGCACGCAGCUCACGGGCCGGGCGCUGGGCGAGGAGGGCCCGCUGGAGGCGGCGCCGGCGGCCGCCCGCCGCGACUCACUGCUGCCGGCCAAGGAGGACGAGGACGUCACCAUGGACGCGUGGCGCCUGCGCCGCAAGCACGUGUUCGUGCUCAGCGAGGCGGGCAAGCCCGUGUACUCGCGCUACGGCUCCGAGGAGGCGCUCUCCAGCACCAUGGGCGUCAUGAUGGCCCUCGUGUCCUUCCUGGAGGCCGAGAAGAACGCCAUCCGCUCCAUCCACGCAGAUGGCUACAAGGUGGUCUUCGUGCGGAGGAGCCCGCUGGUGCUGGUGGCGGUGGCGCGGACGCGGCAGUCGGAGCAGGAGAUCGCCCACGAGCUGCUCUACAUCUACUACCAGAUCCUGAGCCUGCUCACCUGGACCCAGCUCAACCACAUCUUCCAGCAGAAGCAGAACUACGACCUGCGCAGGCUGCUCGCCGGCUCCGAGCGCAUCACCGACAACCUCCUCGAUCUCAUGGCCCACGACCCCAGCUUCCUGAUGGGCGCCGUGCGCUGCCUGCCCCUGGCCGCCAGCGUGAGGGACGCCGUGAGCACCAGCCUGCAGCAGGCCAAGGCCAAGAGCCUCGUCUUCUCCAUCCUCCUGUCGGGGAACCAGCUGGUGUCCCUCGUCAGGAAGAAGGAUCAGUUCCUCCACCCCAUCGACCUCCAUCUCCUCUUCAACCUCAUCAGCUCUUCCUCCUCCUUCCGGGAGGGCGAAGCCUGGACUCCCAUCUGCCUCCCCAAGUUCAACUCCAGCGGCUUCUUCCACGCCCACAUCUCCUACCUGGAGCAGGAGAUGGACCUGUGCCUCCUGCUGGUCUCCACCGACCGCGAGGACUUCUUCACCGUCUCCGACUGCAAGCGGCGCUUCCAGGAGCGCCUGCGGCGCCGGGGGGUCCAGCACGCUCUGCAGGACGCCCUGCGCACCCCUUUCUACAGCGUGGCCCAGGUGGGCAUCCCUGACCUCCGCCACUUCAUCUACAAGUCCAAGAGCUCUGGGCUCUUCACCAGCCCCGAGAUCGAGGCACCCUACGUGCGCGAGGAGGAGAAGGAGAGGCUCUUGGGGCUCUACCAGUACCUCCACAGCCGCGCUCACAACUCCUCGCGCCCCCUGAAGAACAUCUACUUCACGGGCCCCCGCGAGAACCUCCUGGCUUGGGUGACCAGCGCCUUCGAGCUCUACAUCUGCUACAGCCCGCUGGGCACCAAGGCUGGCGCCAUCAGCGCCGUCAACAAGCUCAUGAAGUGGAUCCGCCGGGAGGAGGAGCGGCUCUUCAUCCUGACGCCCCAGACGUACUGAGACACGGGGCCGGGCGGGGGCCGCCCCGCUG